AUGGGUGAGGUGUUUUGGUUAAUUUUAGGUUUAUAACACUUAUAAUUAUGCGCAUUAAUGUUGUGGUAAAGCGUUCAAACACUAAAGUCAGUAGCUCUUUAGAAUACGAAUUUGAAAACAUCAAGUUACAAACUGCAGACAAAUCCAAUUAAUUAUGAGCAGUGGGAUUCUCAGGGGAGCUCUCUGUCCUCUCUCUUUUUUUUCUCUCUCGCUCUCUCUCUGACAUCACUGGGAACUUGUGUGUAUAAAGUAACCACAAGAAUGCAGCGUGUCAGGCAAGGGAACGCGAGUACAGACAGAGGGCCCUUUCUUUCACCGGGUAUGCAGGGCAGGGAGAAGGGACGCUGCACUGAGAGAGUCACACACACGGGCAGAGAGAGAAAAUGUCCUCAUUCCAUCACUUCUCCCAGAGGAGAAUGGAUUAAAAUAGAGAGGAGACUCCAGAGGACGUGAGGUGGGAACCCAUAUCCCAAAAGAGGAAACAAACAAACAACACAAACAGGCAGACUUCAUAGACCUUCCCAUCAAGGCAAGGAGAGAUCGGAAUCAUUACAGCAACUGAAGGAUUACAAAGGAAAAACCCCCCUCUCUCAUAAACAAUUGAUCUUUGGACUUCAAACUUUCAUAAAAAAAUGCGUUGGUCUUCAAACCCCCAGAUAAGGCGGUUAAGGAAGGAGGGGAGGAUAAAGAGAUUCUCCCUGCAUCAAGAAUUUUUCUAGUCUGUCCCAUCCUCCCUUUCCUUCAUCAGAUAUUCAUUGUGACUGGGAUGUCCUACUAUAUCAGUGAAAUCUUCAAUGUCAUGAGUUCACCAAGAAACUGAAACCAGCACUAGAUCAGGGUCAAAUCACCACAAGAACAAUCCCCAGAUAACAGCAACACCCUUGCUGACUACUUCAAUCAGAACGUGUUCACUAUUGUAAUUGGUUUCUUCUUCAAAGAUUACCCUCAAGAGGAAUUGUUAAGACACUGUCAGUGAACAAUGAAGGAAGACAUCUUGGAUUUUUUCAGUGACUUGUGGAAGGUGGCCACCACUAAGCAUGACCAGGGGAUCUAUAACACAGUCUGCCUGGUGGUGCUGCUAGCCCUGCCUAUGGUGGUGCUCUUCACUUCUCUGGUGGUGUGCUGCCACUGCUGCUGCUGUCGCCACGCUAACUGCGCUGGUUGCUGUGCAGACAGCCCCAGCUCAGCCACAGCAAAAUCAGACAAAAAUAAGAAGAGUCCGAAAGAUGAGGACUUGUGGAUCUCGGUCAAAACAGGACCUAUGACACCAGACAGGGUUGCCCUGACGAUGGUGUAAGGUUCAGAUAAGGUUUUAUUUGUAUUCACAUUAAGCUCUUUUUUUACUGCAAGGUACAGGUACAUGAUGCCGAGCACUGGUGUUCAAUAUGCUCGACAGAAACGGUUGAAACACAGUAAAAGAGCCAACGAUGUGUGUGUGUGUGUUCUUCUAUCCAUGUUGGGACCUAAAGUCCCCACAACGAUAGUAAAACAAGUCAAAUUCCCAUGUUCUCAUGAGGACAAAGACUAUUAGGUUAGGUUUAGGGUUAGGGUAAGGGAUUAGGUUUAGGAGUAAGGUUUAGGGUUUGGGUCAGGGUUACAGGUUAAGGUUAGGGAAAAUAGGAUUUUGAAUGGAAAUCAAAUUUUAGGUCCCCACAAGUAUAGAAGGACAAAACGUGUGUGUGUGUGCGUGUGUGCGCAUGUGCGCGUGUGCUUGCAUACGUGGGUGUGUGCGUGUGCAUGAGCAAAUGUGUGUAUGUGCAAGGAAGAGUGAUAGAUGACACAUGGUGUGCACUUCUGUGUGAAAUUCACUGUCUUCACAUUUGGGGACUAUUUAUAUUUCCAAUGCUGGAGGCCAGCAAUCUAGUAUUGGGAUUCAGUUAGAAGACUAUUUUUAAUAGGUUAGACCAUUUUAAGUUCAAAGCACUUGCAGUUAUUGCACUUACAACAGAAAUUUGUGUAACUACUUUGAAAUAUUUUGCUGUACUUGCUAUACCCACUGAAUGGAGAUCUUAAUUCCAUUUAUGAGUUAAUUACCAAACGCAGAAUAUAACAGAACCAAGUGAAGCACUCAGAUCUUUCAAUUGCAUUGCUCAAUGUAUAUGUUUCUUUCCCCGUAGAGUAUCCUACAUACAGCAGCUAGGAUUGUGGAUAAAAAAAUCUAUCUAACACUUCCAUGUUUUACGCUGCCUUAUGCUCAGAUUGAUGACACAGAUUCAUGUUUACUGUCUUGCACUAUCCCUAUUGGUUCAUAAUAUCAUUAUGCAUGGACACCAGGUUCUCAGAUGUAUGGGGCGCUGAGUGGAUCCUUCUUAUAUCCUCCAUCCCUCAGUGCCAAUGUGGCCCUCUGACUUAAAAUAAUAGUUAUUCUAUCUCAAAACUGGGAUUCCUAAAAAAUUUGUCAGAGGAUUUGGUUAACUUCCAUCAGAUGUUUAAAAUCCUAAAUGAAUCAGGAGUGGGCAGGGUCAGCUAUACCAUAAGGACCCCUUAUUCAUGUCCUCAUUACAUGUAGCGUAGCAAGACCACUCAUGGUCUGUAAAGUUCUCUACUUUUGAUAGAUUUAAACACACAAUUUUGAAAUCAUAAUGGUCACAACCAUAAACUGUCAAGAAAAGGGCAAUUAAACUCUGUCAGAUUUUUGUCUGACGUCAAGUCCAUCAGAGUGCUGUAAGAUCUGAGAAUUGUUGUGUUUUUAUUUGGGAUUUUCAAAUGAAUCAUUUUCUAUAUUUUACAAAUGUUUGUAUUUUUGAAACAAAAGUAGAGAUUGUUCCAUCUUUCAAGAAUCUCUGAAUUGAUUUGCAAAUUACAAAUCCGGUGACAAAUCAUUUUUAUUUGUUAUCUAUUCAUGAUCCUUAUUUUGAGAUUAAAGACUUCUGCGUUAGUUAUUCACAUGUAAAAAAUCUGAAGGUGGAAAAAUACUUUUCCUUUGCAAAGGAGGGGGGGGGGAUUUGCCGUUUGUUUGAACAGGAAGUCUGCCAUAGACGAUAGUUUCACAUUCUAUCACUGAAGCUGUGAUCUGUCCCAAUUAUGCAUGAGAACAUACUGUAUAUUCUGACUGUUUUGUUAUUACACAAGAAAAAGCUGAGGUAAUCAUUCAAGUUAUGAGCUCAGGCUACAGUGGAUACCGCAUGCAUAAUUUAUCCUGUCAUUUGAUUUUACAUAACAGCUAUAUGGAGAAAAGGGGGCCAAAAAAAUAAAGUCUUUUUUAUGCUUUGUUAA